UUAAUUAACAUCGGUUUACAUUUUUGUGACACAAUUACAACAAUGCAAUACAUAAUUACAAGAAUAAAAAAAAAACAUUUAUUAUGAUUGAACUUGAGCACUGCAAUUUCCAGAGAGCCCCUGAACGCAGCACAAUUCAAGAUGGUGAAAUUCGGACUCCAGUUCAAAGCCACCCUGGAGAACCUAACUAACGUGACGCCAGUGGGUGACGACUUUCGCUGGUUUCUGAAGCUGAAGUGUGGCAACUGUGGCGAGAUCCCAGAUAAAUGGCAGUAUAUCACCCAGGCGGAGAGCACGCCGCUGAAAGGGGGAAGGGGAAGUGCCAGCAUGGUGCAGAAGUGUAAACUUUGCUCCAGGGAAAACUCAAUUGAUAUUCUGGGGGACACGAUCACGCCUUAUAAUGCCGAGGACAGCGACACCUUCAAGACCAUGGUGCAGUUUGAAUGCCGAGGUCUGGAGCCUGUGGACUUCCAGCCACAAGCUGGCUUUGCCGCACAGGGAGCAGAGUCUGGGACAUCCUUCCCUGAAGUAACACUUCUGGAAAAAGACUGGACGGACUAUGACGAGAAAGUCCACGAGUCCGUGGGAAUAUACGAAGUCACACACCAGUUCAUCAAGUGUUGAUGUCUUCUGAUGGGGUGAAUUAACUUUUAGCAAACUUCUUUCCACUUGGAUGGAGACUUCACAUGCCACCACUUACUUGCCUUAUCAAUAAUUGCCUUUAUAUAUAUAUAUAUAUAUAUAUAUAUAUAUAUAUAUAUAUAUAUAUAUAUAUAUAUAUAUAUAUAUA